UUUAUGGUCUGCAGCAUGGCCGGAGCCAGCAGUAAGCUCGCUCUCUUUCUCCUCGGCUGGGUCAUGGUUGCCCUGGGAGCCCUCACCAGUGAGCACCGUGAGGAUGACCAUCAUGAGGAUGAAUAUUACGUGGCUGCCGUGUAUGAGCACCAUUCGGUCUUGAGUCCAAACCCUCUGGAGCUCACCAGCCGUAAGCAGGCCUUGAAGCUAAUGAACCAGAACCUCAACAUCUACGAAGAGCAAGUGAUGACCGCAGCCCAGAAGGGUGUGCAGAUUCUAGUGUUUCCAGAAGACGGCAUUCAUGGAUUCAACUUUACAAGAACGUCCAUUUACCCAUUUCUGGACUUCAUGCCGUCUCCCCAGCUAGUCAGGUGGAACCCAUGCCUGGAGCCACACCGCUUCAAUGACACCGAGGUCCUCCAGCGCUUGAGUUGUAUGGCCAUCAAGGGAAAGCUGUUCUUGGUGGCCAAUCUUGGGACGAAACAGCCUUGUCUUAGCAGUGAUCCAGAGUGCCCAAAUGAUGGGAGAUACCAGUUUAACACAAAUGUUGUGUUCAGCAGUAACGGAACCCUUGUCAACCGCUAUCGUAAACACAACCUCUACUUUGAGGCAGCUUUUGAUACCCCUCUUCAAGUGGAUCACAUCACCUUCGAUACCCCCUUUGCUGGCAAAUUUGGCAUCUUCACUUGCUUUGAUAUCUUGUUCUUUGACCCUGCCAUCAGACUCAUCAGAGACCAAGACGUGAAGCACAUUGCGUACCCGACCGCCUGGAUGAACCAGCUCCCGCUCCUGGCCGCCAUCGAGAUUCAGAAAGCUUUUGCCAUGGCCUUUGGCGUCAACAUUCUGGCUGCUAACAUCCACCACCCAUCUCUGGGGAUGACAGGGAGCGGCAUACACACCCCUCAGAAAUCCUUUUGGUACCACAGCAUGGUGACUCCCAGAGGUCAGCUUAUAAUUUGCCAGGUCGCCAAAAAUCCAGUGGCUCUCAUAGGAGCAGAGAAGGCAAGAGGCGAAAUGGACGCUUCCCACAGUAGGUUUUUAAAGAUUGUGUCAGGCGCGUACUGUGAGAAGGAUGCUCAGGAAGUCCACUGUGAUAAAGCCACCAAAUGGAACUUGAACACACCUCCCACGUUCCAUUCUGAGAUGAUGUACGACAAUUUCACCCUGGUCCCUGUCAGGGGAAAGGAAGGCUAUCUCCAAGUCUGUUCAAAUGGCCUCUGCUGCUAUUUACUGUACGAGAGGCCCACCUUGUCCAAAGAGCUAUAUGCCCUGGGGGUCUUUGAUGGCCUCCACACAGUGCACGGCACCUAUUACAUUCAGGUUUGUGCCUUGGUCAAGUGUGGGGGUCUUGGCUUUGACACAUGUGGGCAGGAGAUCACAGAGGCCCAGGGGCUAUUCCAAUUUCACCUGUGGGGGAAUUUCAGUACUUCCUACAUCUUUCCUUUGUUUCUGACCUCAGGGAUGACUCUAGAAACUCCUGACCAGUUGGGCUGGGAGAAUGACCACUAUUUCUUAAGACAAAGAGGACUGUCCUCUGGCCUGGUGACAGCAGCUCUUUAUGGUCGAUUGUAUGAGAGGAACUAAGAACACUGUGUACUUCCACAGGCCACGCAGAACAAGCCCUGGGACCACCUGUGCCCAGAGGGUGGAAGCCCUCUCCUGUGGUACCACAUCCCACCCCAGAAACUGAAGGGAGCAAGGGAGAGGCAGGUUCCUUCUUCCUCUUCAUUGUCAACGACUAAGAUAUGUUUGGGAUUUUCUAUUCACAUUUGACUUUUUCAAGCCACAUGUUUCUUUAGCAAAUCUCUCAAUACACAAUUGAUUUUA